GUCUUUAUUUAUGUAAUGUAAUGGUGUUACACAGUAACCUAGCUUUGUGGCUGCGCAUACGUCGCUACAGGUUUUAAAAGAGGACACGGACUGUCGAAAAACGAAAUAUUAAUUGUCAAAUAUUCUGCACUGGUUCGCGUGGCGUUUAUGGAGUUUGGAGCGGCGCAUUGGACUGGAAGCUGACUUUUUUUUUUUUUUUUUAUUCAACCUGCCUGGAAAGGGAAGAUGUUAUGUGACCCAAACCAAAGACUAAGUUAGGGCUGAAACGGAUAAUGUCAAUUUUAUACGAAAAGGAUAUUUAUAAGGUGAGCAUAUAAGAGCUCAAAUUAGCAUUAGCCUAGCAAAUGUAUUAACCAGUUCGGUUCGAGCAGACGUGAUAUAAGGGGACACAUUUACUGUAUGGGUGUCAGUGUAUUAUUUAAAUGGUUCAUGCAGUACUAUUACACAGACAAGCCCCUCCGUCCACAUUGCUUCGACGCAAAAAGCAGCAUUUCUUCCCGCGGGACGUUGCUCUGGUGACAUAACCCAUCAAGCCAUGGAUCUGCUGGAGUGUCCGCUCUGUCUCUUCCUGAUGUGCGAGCCGGUGACCAUGUCGUGCGGUCACACGUUCUGCCGGAGAUGCGUGGGGGGCUGCCUCCCGUCCAAGUGCCCGGCGUGCAAAGUGAGGUUAAAACAAAGAGAGGUGAAAAGCAUGAAGAACAACGUCUUGCUCAUCAGUGUCGUUGAAAAGUGCUGCCCGGACGAGACGAGAAUGAAGUGCCAUAUACAGGAGAAGCUCAAAGCCAACGAGUUCACGGAAGCUUCACGCAUCGCAAAUGAGGGGCUAGACAUAGUGCCAGAUGAUCAGAGUUUGAGGAUGUACAGAGCUGAAGCUAACUGGGGUCUGAUGCGUUUCUCUGACGCUCUGAUGGACCUCGACUACCUCUGCUGCCUUCGUCCCAGCUGGGCUGAGGGCUUCUUUCGUAAAGGGAAUGUACUGCUGGAAAUGGGUCAGCAGACAGAGGCCCUCAUCCAGUUCCACCAUUGCCUAAAACUUCAAGCUGACUUUGUUCAGGCAAAAACCCAGAUCAAGAAGAUCCUGGAGGCAGAGGGCAUGGCAGUGCCAGAGGAAGCAGCCUGCAUCCUGCAGAUGGUGUCAGAGUACCUGAAAGAGCCCUACCCCAUCACCAGCCUCAGUGGCUCGCAGGGGCCAACACACCCUGAGGGCCUCAAAAAUCCAUUCAGAGAAGAGGGAGAGAGUAAAGGGAGGAGAGAGGCACACCAGGUGAAACAUGACACAGGUACUGAGUGCUGCCUCAGCCUCUGCCAAGCUGUUUCCUUCCUCCCUGCUGCUGAAGAGGACGAAGAGAUGAUGAUGAGGAAGGAGGAUGGGCAUUGCAGGGGUGAAAGUGGUCACCACAGAGAGAAAACUCUGGGAGUUCUUACUGUGUCAGACUUUGAGUGCCCUCUCUGCAUUAGGUUGUUCUUUGAGCCAGUGACAACACCCUGUGGUCACACCUUUUGUAAAAACUGCAUAGAGAGGAGUCUUGACCACAACCUCCGCUGCCCGCUCUGCAAACAGCCUCUGCAAGAGUAUUUCAAAAACAGGAAGUACAACCCCACAGUUCUGCUUCAGGACAUCAUGACCCACCUCUUCCCCUCACAGUUGGCUGAGAGGAAACAGGUCCAUGAUGCUGAGAUGGCUGAACUGUCCAAUCUCACUAAGGACAUCCCUAUAUUUGUUUGCACGGUGGCCUAUCCUGGAGUUCCCUGCCCCCUGCAUAUCUUUGAGCCUCGAUAUCGGCUGAUGAUGCGUCGCUGCAUGGAGACUGGCACUAAGAGAUUUGGCAUGUGCAGCUAUGAGCACGGCAAAGGGUUUGCAGACUAUGGCUGUAUGCUGGAGAUUCUCAGUCUGGAGCUGCUGCCUGAUGGACGGUCCUAUGUGGACACUGUGGGUGGCAGCAGAUUCAGGGUGCUAAAGAGAGGUCAGAGAGAUGGCUACCACACUGCUGAUAUAGAGUACCUGGAGGACCUCAAGGUUGAUGGUAGUGAGUUGGAGCUUUUGCAGCACCUACAUGACAGUGUGUACCAGCAGGCUCAGGACUGGUACCAGCGCCUAGGCAGCCGCAUUCGUGAGCAGAUCAACAGACAAUAUGGCACCAUGCCAGAUAAGGAGGAAAAUAUUCAGGCCUCGUCCAACGGUCCAGCCUGGUGCUGGUGGCUGCUGUCUGUCCUCCAGCUGGACCCUGCCUAUCAGACCACUGUCCUGUCCCUGACCUCACUCAAAGACCGCCUGGGACACCUUCGCCUCGUUCUUGAGUACUUCUCUCAGAGCUAGACCUCACAACACAGUGGUACUGUGGCCACAACUAGCUGAGAGUCAAAUAUUACACACAUACAGACAAAUGGAGUGAAACCAAUGAAUCCACUCACACCACAGAGUUUGGGGGUUGGGUUUUUUGGACUACUCUUUAUCAUAGAGAGACUGUCUUAAAGUCACAGCUCAAGGCCAAAAUUGCUCUACCAGUAAGAAUUGCAGGGUUGACCAAAGAUACUUCUUAUUUAAGGUCAUCAAAAGUGGUUAAUUAUUAUUUGUGGAUAAACAAAAUCCAUUCAUUUCCUAAGUAAUACGUCUGUAAACCAACACUAGGUGUCACUGUUUCUUUCUCCAAUUAUUACAAACAUGAAGAACAUGCAGCAUCAGCCAAGUUAGUACAGUAUACUAUACUGUCAUGUGUUGCCUAUUCAAAUCAGACUCUUUCCAUUAACAUAGCACAUAGUUUGGUGUGGGGAUAGACAAUAACAUAACAGUUUGUAGGGAAUUUUUCAGGACUAUGCACGUCAGAGGAUUAAACUUCAUGUUUUGCUGGUUAUCAUUCUGGGUGAUUGUUGUUUACUGGAGGGUACUAUGUAAUACUUACAUUUAAGUUGCAUCUAUUGGCCCUGACAGCAAUUGACUGUGGCUCACUUUAGUAAUUUAGUAAUCUUAAGAGAGCCCUAUUUAGUAUUGGUAAAUAUUGCAAUAAUAAUUUAUAGUGUCACUUGGAGUGGGAGCAAAAAUAGAGGAUGUGUUUUUUUAAUGAAUGAACGCCGCUGUCACUGGAUGCUGUUUGUCAUCAUUCGGUGGAAAAUGAGGAGAUGGGGUCAGUGAAUAGGCAAUUCAGCUUUGUUUUACAGUAUGAACCUGUGUGAUUAUGUGUGUUGACGGUGAGGUAUAGAUGCAGCACUGUAUGUAUGUGUGUCAGCUGUAAAGAAGGAGUCAUUUUUGUCAGUCAUCAUCUUUAUGAGCUGAUUUUUGCUUUUGGUUUAUUAGUUAUGGCAUGGUGUCAGCACUGAUAACAGCUAGUGUCAUGUCUGCUCCCUCAAGGUGCAAGACACAGCAUUUAACAUCUCUUGUGUAGGGACACCUGUACUUGGGCUGAGUCCCCCUGCGGUGCCUCUGUGUAGGCAACAACACCUACCUCUGGCCCCUACUGUCUCCCUGUCUGUUUGGCCCCUCUAACACCAGUCAUGGUGCCUCUGAGUGCCUGCGCCAACUUACCUGGAGACCUACAAGUCUUAUAGCAUAGAGGAUGGACUGCGUGAUUUUUGCCAUUGAUUUUUGUUGAUAUAGUGCUACAUUCCUUAGAAUGUUAAAGCUGCAAUAUUACGUUAUGUAAUUUACUAACAAAUACCUGGGUGAAACAAGAGAGCUUGUGUUUUUUUUUUUUUUUUUUUACUUUGAAAAAUGAUAAGUGUGCCAUAGAUAUUUCUAUGUUAUGUGUUUUGCAGGGAUAGUAAGCUGGUUAAUUAGUUAGCAUCACAGACUCUGAAUUUAGGCUUUGACCCUCAUGCCUUUUGUAUGGUGGAUAGUGAACUACCAUAUUUUCGUGGCCAACAUAUCACUUAAAACAGUCAGAAUUAGUCCAAAAAACACACUUUGAGAUACAGUACAGUUUGUAUAUAGAGUUUUGAAAAAAUUAUGUAAUCACAAGGCUUGAUACGCACAAAAAUGUCCCACUGAAGGACAAAGUACUGGAUAGACUGGGGCACCAGUGGUAAGCUGAAUAAGAGGCUAAUCUCAAACAUUUAUUUGAUGGCCAGAGACACUGUUUUUACCAUUUUGUUUUUUGAAGCCAUCUGGGAAGAAGAUCAGAGUCUUUAAUGUGCCAGUUACCACAACAUGGCCCCAAAGCUGUUGAUUUCACUGAUAAAUGGCGUGCAUUAUAAAGGUCAGUUUCCUGCUACCAGAUAUGAUUAAAGCUUACUCAAAUCAAAAAGGGAUUGAAAUUCUUACAGAAUUUUAGACUGAUCAACCUCAUAAUCCUUUGUGGUAAAUGCAGGACAGCAAUACAUAACUACAAGUCACAGGCCACUGAGAUUAAUUUCACUCCCUUGUCCCACUUCUGUCAGAGAAAACCAUAUUUUUUGCACAGUGAAAUUGUUUGAUGUGUUUUUUCCUGAUGCUUAGCUGCAGCUUCUCAUACAUUAUACUCUUGUUUUUCAAGAUGCAUGAUACAUAUUUCUGUGUUAUCACUUAUCACAUUUACAUUACUUAAAGAUACUGCACCUGUUAUUGAAUGAAAUGGUGAUAUAUGUUGAUCACAGCAACUGGUUUAAUAAUAGUUUACUUUGUUUAAAACAGAACCCAAUCUCUGCAUCAAGUACCCCCCCGCCCCCGGUUUCUGAUGAACUGUUUGUCAACUUAGACUUAAAUUUGCCUAUAAUCCUUUAAUAGGUUCAACUUUUAAUGCAUUGCAGUGCAGUCAUGAGCCUUCAUCUCAUUUAGACUGCAGCUCUUGCCCCUUUUAUACCCUGGCAGGCGUCCAUUAACCACAGUUGCAGUAUAAUUAGCUAUCAGAAAAUGUCCUCCAACACAGUUAAAACACUUUGCACUGAAUCCACAUUGUCUCUAAUACAGAACAUGGAGGGUAAUAAGUGACCUGUUGUUGGCUGCAAUUCCCUGUGAAAACGAGUGUACUCCAGUAAGGCUGUGAAAACCAUGAUAGUUGCUAUGUUGCUUUCUGCUGUGUGCUGCAGCUUUGCAGGAAAUGUUGGCCAAUGUGGUCUGUUGGUCAGUGGUCUGUGGGCUGCGUGGAAACUACAAACAGGCCUGUUAUUCUCCUGCACAAAUACGUUCAUGUUAGUAAACCCACUGAAAACGGAAGCGAUUUCUAUCUGAUUUAUUUGUAUCCAUUCCUCCGCCUCCAAGGCCAAGAGCAGUAAAUUAUCUUGAUCUGAUUAUUGUUUAUUUGCCCCCCCCCCCCGGAUGACUUUUUAAAUGUUAUUAUAAAUAAAGCUUUUCAAAGCAAA